UGGCUCAAGGCGUUGUCCUGAAGAAAUCUGAUUCAAAGCUCGAGACGCGAGGAACUGCAGCCGGACGACCAUACCGACUGCGACCAUGACCACGGUGGUGAAGUUCUAUUGUGACGAUGGGGAGAUUUUCCGCCGGCAGCUUCCAGAAGAGCCAACCUUCGAGGCGAUCAUGGAACUGGCAAAGAACUGUCGUCCUGAUGUGGCCCAGAAGCUGAGGGAGGGUGGCGCUUGCGUGCUGAAAUAUGCAGAUGAUGAAGGAGAUCUUUGCACUUUGGCACCGGCCACCUUUCCCGACUUUCUCAGCCUGCAAAGGAGGAGCGGAAACAGCCGGCUGUUGAAGUUAACGCUGACGCUGCAGACGGACCAGUCGCGCAGGCUUCCGCCGGGUUCGAAGGACGCUGUCGGUGCUCGGCCAGACGAGGCAGGUGUGGCGAGCGCCGAGGACACCGUGAAUGCCGCUGGCAGCGAGGGCGUGGCAUCUCCGGGGUCUCAAGAUAUUCCCAUCGAGCGUGAGGAGAAGUGGUGGGGGAAGAGCAAGGGAAAGUGCAAGGGCAAACGCUGGAAGGGCUGUUGGUUUGGCGCCGGCGUUCAAGAGGGCACAGAGCAGCAAGAUCCUGCGUCCACUGCACAGAAGCAGGACAGGGGAGAUGCUGACGCUGCAAACGGAGAACAUGCCGGAGCAUGGGGCCCCGCUGGCUGCCCAUGGAAACUUAUGGGUUUGCUGAGCACUUUGCGCAUGCUCAAGGAAUCUGGCGCGCUAGCGGCAAUGUUGCCCUGCGUGGCUGUGCAGUGGCUUCCAUUCCUUACUAAAAUUGUGGCUGGCAAGGUGGAGAAGAUCAAUCGCAGGGCGCAAGAAGGGCUGGACCCAAGCCUUCAAAAGAUGCUGGAGAUCAUUCAGGAGCAGGCCGCGAAGACUCCAGGAUUGGAACCCCAUGCAGCCUUGAUUGCUGAGGCUCUGAGUGGUGACAACGGCCAGAGGCGCUUGGGUGAUGCUCUCCUUGAGUUCCUGAAAGCUCUGCAGGAACUUGGCCCGCAGGUGCAAGCGCGCUUCUGUGAAGCAGUGGCCGCUUCUUUACUGCCAUUGCUGGAGGAUUUUAGCCAAUGGGCUGGCCAGGGCAAGUGCAAAGGCAACCGUGGAGAGCACGGGCAGAAUCAUGUGGAGCCGCCAGCAGCCACGGCAGCCAUGUCCGAGGAUGAGCUGGAGGCCAAGGUGCUCCAAUUGUUGGAGCUCCAACUCGCCAGCGAAGAGGUGAUCAGAGACUUGCUGAUUGCCAAUGAUGGUGAUGUGGCCAAGGUUUCCAACCUACUUACUUCUUGAAAACGCUAGCAAGAGCUGCAGAAUACUGGGCAAGGUAAGUUUGAGCAC